AUGCAAAAUGAGACUAAUAAAAGAGUGGCUUAUUUUUAUCAUCCCCAAAUAGGGAGAUAUCAUUAUGGUAAAGAGCAUCCAAUGAAGCCGAAAAGAAUUGCAAUGGCGCAUAAUUUAAUUGUGAAUUAUGGAUUAUACCGAAACCUGGAUGUGUAUAUGAAUAGGCAGGCUUCAUUGAAAGAGAUGGAGAAAUUUCAUGAACCAGAAUACUUGCAAUAUUUGAGUCAAUUCACAAGUGUUAGAAGCCAAAUUGUGAAUGAGUAUCAACACUAUAAUCAACAGCCAAAUAUCACUCACUUUACAAGUCACAUCUACAACGAGUUUGAUUUAUUAGAUUAUAAUACACCUCACACUCAUGAACCCAUUGAAACAAAUAAUAAUUAUCCAUAACCAAAUAGUUUUAGAGUAGGAGAUUCCACUGAUAACCCCAGCUUUCCAGGUCUAUAUGAUUUUUGCCAAUUGUCUGCAGGAGGAUCAAUUGAUGCUGCUCAUGUGUUGAUUUCAUAGGAUGCAGAAAUAGCCAUUAAUUAUUCAGGAGGUUUGCAUCAUGCCAAGAAAAGAGAGGCCAGUGGGUUCUGUUAUGUGAAUGACAUUGUUAUAGCCAUAUUGGAAUUGUUGAGAGUCCAUCAGAGAGUUUUGUAUGUUGAUAUUGAUGUUCAUCAUGGAGAUGGAGUUGAAGAAGCAUUUCUUCUCACAAAUAGAGUGAUGACUUGUUCAUUCCAUCAAUAUGGAGAUGAUUUCUUUCCAGGCUCAGGAGAUAUUGAUAGUUAUGGAGAAGGAUUAGGUCGAUAUCAUGCUCUCAAUAUCCCUUUGAAAAUUGGUAUGAAUGAUGAGACCUUCACAGAAAUAUUCCAGAAAAUCAUCACCUAAGUUAUGGAUAUCUAUAGACCAGAGGCUGUAGUCCUGUAAUGUGGAGCUGAUUCACUAUGUCAUGAUAGAUUGGGAGGAUAUAAUUUAUCAACCAAAGGACAUGGUGCUUGUGUUGAAUUCAUGAUUAAAUACAAUGUUCCCAUCUUGGUAUUAGGAGGAGGAGGAUAUACAAUUUAAAAUGUAGCUAGAUGUUGGGCAUAUGAAACUGGAUUAUGUUUAAACAAAAAAAUUGAUGCUCCUAUUCCCACUUCUGAAAUCUAUUAUGAAUAUUAUGCUCCAGACUACAAAUUACAUUUCCCAAUCAAACAAAAUGUAGAAAACAAGAACAAAAAGGAAGAACUCCAAAGAAUCGUAGAGAAAAUAUAUGGGUAUCUCAAAUCUAUUGAACCUGCUCCAGGCAUUUGCUUCCAUGAUUUGCCUUAAUCUUUUUAUCCAGAAUUGAAUGUAGAAGAAGAAAUCAAUCCGGAUCAGCGUUAUGAAUAAACAUUAAACUAAUUCGAGGGUUCUCACUAUGAAGAAGGAAAUGAAAUUUUAGUAGAUCCAUCCAAUGGAUUCUCUAUUCACAGAAGGGAAUGA